AUGCUUUUAUUUGACCCUAUCUUACUAUACUUCACCAAUCUUUCUGUCGCAGGAGCUGCAAUCGCUACGAUUUUGUCAGAUAGCCUCCCUGCAAUCACUUUAUUUGCUUUAUACUUUGCAGGGAAGUUCUCGAUCAAAACGAAGUUCAACCAAUUCUUCAAAAAGUUUUCCCCGCAUACAUUUCCAGCGAUGAGAGUUAGGUUUUCCGCUUUGAUUGCAAAUCUUUCAAUGUCAAUCCCUGGAAUUCUGAUUCAAUGGUUCAUAGGGAGAUCAGCGCAAAGUGACUUCGAGUAUACAUGCGUUCUAAGUGGAAAUACAGUUACUUUCAGAAUUGCGAUGAUCGUGAUCAGUGUAAUCAUAGCAAUAAAUGCAGGAUACCUGCCAUGUGCAUCAUAUGCAUACGCAGCGAAGAACUACAAGCGCUGGAUUCGUUUGACAAUCCACUUGUGUUGGAUUAAUUGCGCGUGA